AUGGCGGCCACGCUGUGUCUCCGGAAAUUGAAGGAAAAUGCAAUCCUAGUCCAGUUUCAAGGGAAUUUAACUUUGAUAGCCUGUGUUUUGAACUUGACAUUUUCGAUUAUUGCAACAGUUGGAAACCUACUUGUUAUUCGCGCUCUGUGGAAAGCUUCCACGAUACCUGUUAAUGUAAAGAAGCUCUUCCUUAAUCUUGCGGUCUCUGAUCUUGCCGUUGGGCUGAUAGCGCAAUUAAUGUUCGGAAUUAUCAUGGCGAUAAUGUUGGAUCUGUCAACCAGUGGGAGCAACAGCUUUGAAUUUUUAUGUCCAACGAUUUUCUCUGUGUCUUAUUUCUUUAUUUUCCUCCUCACUUGUGCAUCCUUCCUCACAGUCACCAUCAUUGCCGUCGACAGGGUUUUAGCCAUCUUUCUCCAUCUUCGGUAUCAAGAACUUGUUACUUCCAAAUGCAUUGCUGUUCUGUUAGCACUUUUAUGGAUGUCAAGUUUUUUGGCGGCCUUUGUAUACAUUUAUUUUCCUAACCAAAAUAACAUUGUAGUUGUGACCGUUGAAUUUAUUGGACUCCUCGUCACAACCACGGGCUAUGUCCGUAUUUAUAAAGUUGUAAAAUAUCAUAGGAAUCAAAUACAAAUCCAGACGCUGGCGCAACAGCAAAAUAAUCAAGAAAACUUGGUUCUUCGACAAAGAAAGUCGACCAUUAGCGCCAUGUUUGUUCACAUCUUUUUUCUAAUGUGUUUUUUUCCAAAUCUUUGUUGUAUAAUUCUGCUGAGAGCAAGUGAUUUUCGUUUAUCGUUUCUGGCCGUCAAUCAUGUCUCAGGAUUUCUCGUACUUCUAAAUUCUUCAUUGAAUCCUGUGGUUUAUUGCUGGAGAUAUCGGGAGAUUCGUGAAAUCGUAAAAUCUUCACUGAAAAAGGGAAUCGCUUGGUUAAAUCCGCUGUAA